AUGAUGUCCGAAACCAGAGACCCCGUCUCGGUCGACAUUGAGUCCAUGCUCCUCACAGGACCGCCUUCCUCCCCGAACAUCCCCACCAUCUUCCGAGUCGACCACGACACGCGCCACGGCAGCGAAAACCUCUACGACCCAAAAGUUGUCUCGAUCGGCCCGUUUCACCACCAAACAACCCAUCUCCAGAAAAUGCAGCCGCACAAGCUCGCGUACCUCAAGGGCCUGCUCAAACGCCGCGGUGAGUCCGUCGUCGACGAAUGCGUAGCGGCCGUGAGGUCCCUGGAAGAAAAAGCCCGAGGCUCCUACUCCGAGACCAUCGAGGUCAGCCCAGACGAGCUCGUGAAGAUUAUUGUGCUCGACGGGCUUUUCGUGGUCGAGCUGCUCCGAAAGAACAAGAUGGAUGAUCUGAGGAAGCAAAACGACCCGAUUUUUCGAUAUGAUCAGGUCUUCCUCAUGGUCCAGCGCGACCUGAUGCUUGUCGAGAAUCAGGUCCCGUUUUUCGUGCUCGACCGGCUUUUUGCCAUGACGAGGGGCCAGGAACCAGAGGACAACAUUUUUUACCUCGUCAAUCUGUUUACGAAAAACAUUCCGCUGUGGCCGAAUGCCUCGGAAUUUUUAGGCACGCAGGUGGAAGAUAACGUCGACGAUCAUCUCCUCGGCCUCGUCUACAAAAACUUGCUAUCGUCAUUCAAGAAAAGGAAAGCUGACAGCGACGGGCCCAUUGACGAUAUAUCUCUGGCCGUAAAUUCAGUCUCCGAGCUGAAGGAAACAUGGGUCGAGUUCAAAAAGAGCAACUGCCUUGACAUCACGUUUGCCGGGGGCGUCCUUAGAAUUCCGAAACUCCGCGUGGAGGACGAAACCGAGUCGUUUUUGAGGAACUUGAUCGCGUACGAGCAGUUUUUCGCUGACGGACGUCCAAAGUACGUGACGGACUACACCUUCUUCUUACAUUGCCUCGUGAAGCGGCCGAGGGAUGUGGAGAUAUUGAGGCGGCGGGGGAUUUUGGAUAACUAUUUGGGUGGAGACGAGAUGGUAUGCCGUGUUUUCGGGAGUCUCGGGAGAAAUGUCGUUGUGUCAUCGUGGGAUUUUCGGUACGCGGGUGUUUCCAAGGAGGUGAACGGAUAUUGCGGCCGGCGAAGGAAUAGGUGGAUGGCGGUUUUGAGGCGGGAUUAUUUCAAUAGCCCGUGGUCGUUUAUCAAGUUUUGUGCAGCUUCUUUGCUGCUAUUGUUCACGUUGAUACAGACUUUGUUUGCUGUCCUGGGUGAUGGGAAGUUCAAGUCCAGUAUCUGA